CACUGCAAUACAAGAACAAGACCACCGGUCUCCUUGGUAACUUCAAUGGUGACCCCAAUGAUGACUUCAAAAACCGAGACGGAACUCAACUGUCCAGCACUGCCACCGAGAAGGAGCUGUACGCCAUGGGAAAGACAUGGCAAAUUGAUAUGAAUGCAACGUUAUCCAAGAUGUGGUACUACCCAGGUUACUCACCGCAAAGUUUCGUCAACGAAGAAUUUUAGUCCCAUCUUCCUUGACGACGUUGAUGCUACCAAGAGAAACGAAGCUGUCACACUUUGUGGAGGAGCUGCGCAAAAAGCGUGUAUUUAUGAUUAUGUGUCGACAGGCGAGACGGCGAUUGCCUUGCAAACGAAAGUCUCUCUAGCGGAGAGCAUUGCCAACAAAGAGAUUAUUGCGAAUGCUGUUCCCGUGGUGACUGGGCCUUCCACUGUGAACGCUGUGGUUGGUCAGCCGGUCACUCUGAGGUACAACGUCACGGACGAUCAGACCGCUGUCCCCAGCUACAUCGUGGUCAGGCAGCCACCAUCCAACUUCGCAUUCGACAACAACACCGGCAUCGCUGUGUGGACGCCAGCAAACACAGAUCCAGUCGCAAUAAGCUUGACUGCGGUGGACCAGAAGGGGUUAAAAGCGGCUCUCGUGGAUACAACCAUCGUGCUGUGCACGGGCUGUUCGGAUCAGGGACAGUGCGACUUCACUACGCAUCAAACAGUCACCACAUCCACGCAGAAUCAGAUGUUUCACAUAGCAACGUGCACAUGCGUCACUGGAUGGACAGGAGAAAACUGCGAAGUUGACUUCGCUGGGUGUGACUCAAAGCCAUGUCCUGUGGGUCAAGAUUGCACCGACCUGACCCCAGCUGAUGAAUUGGCACGCGGAGUGGGCUACAACUGUUCGGCAUGUAAUGCUGGAUAUACAUUUAACGGCCGCAAAUGUGAAGAUGUUAACGAGUGUCAAACAUCAACUAAUUGCCCCACAAACUCGACAUGUGAAAACACGAUUGGCUCGUACAAAUGUGUGUGCAAUUCAGGAUUUCGAUACGACAGAUCUGGAAUAUGCAUUGAUAUUGAUGAGUGUAUAGAACAGAGCUAUGACUGCUCACAGCAGUGUCUCAAUCAUGUCGGAGGCUAUUCCUGCCAGUGUUACGACGGCUACUCCCUUUUGACGGAUGGUUCUAGCUGUAAUGAAACUACAGAGUCUGCUUCAUGCGCCAGUAUGAACUGUACACAAGUUUGUAGCAAUGCGUCGGGAACUCCUGAAUGUUUCUGUCGAGCUGGCUUUAGUCUAAACACUGAUAACAAGACUUGCACUAAUAUCAACGAGUGCCAGAUGAAUCUUUGUUCCCAGAAGUGCGAGGACACGGAAGGUAGCUACCGGUGUUCAUGUUACGAUGGCUUCAAACUGGCUUCAGACAAGCUCAACUGUGACCGCUGUCUGUUUCCGAAGUAUGGCGCGAGCUGCAGCAAGAUGUGUAACUGCCACGGCCACGCGUCCACCUGCGACCCUGUGCACGGCUGUAUGUGUGUGACCGGGUGGAGUGGAGAGAACUGUACGGUCGAUGUCGACGAAUGCUCCGAUAACCCCGCCGUCUGUGGAGACGGAUUCAUCUGCACCAACACUCUCGGCUCCUACGAGUGUACCUGUCCAUUUGGGUUUGAGAGCAAUGGAACCGCCUGCAUAGAUAUAGACGAGUGCGGAACAGGGAUAGAUAACUGCACCCAGGAUUGUACGAACAUCAUCGGUUCGUUCCUGUGCUCCUGUCGUAGCGGCUACAACAAGAAUGGCUUCAGUGACUGUGUUGAUAUAAACGAGUGUGAAUCAGGAGCGGCCAUGUGUGAACAGAUUUGCCAAAACGUCGAAGGCAGCUACAACUGUUUUUGCGAUUUCGGGUUCGUCCUCACAGAUGACCGAAAGAAAUGCCAAAAAAUUUCAGACCCUUGCCAGUUUUACGGCAGCUUACAGUGCAGCCAUUACUGUCGCGUCGUCGAUAAUACAGCCAAAUGUCAGUGUAACUAUGGUUACAAACUGGGAACCGACUCGACUUCCUGUAUUGAUAUUGACGAGUGUGCCUUGACAGACCCGAAUAUUGUCAAGUGCAGUCACACGUGCACCAACACACCUGGCAGCUACACCUGCUCCUGUCCUGUCGGCAUGCGUCUCGACAACGACCUGCGUACCUGUGUAGAAUGUGAUCCCGAUAAAUGGGGUGAAAAUUGCACCAACACGUGCAACUGUGAUCCGAUUGGUUCAACUGGCUGUGACAGGGUCACGGGCUGCCAGUGCAAGUCCGGUUGGAUUGGGACUCUGUGUGAAAGUGAUGUCGAUGAGUGCAGUAUUUCGACGAUAUCAUGUCCCACCUCCAGCGACUGCCAAAACCUUCCCGGAUCGUACCGGUGUGAGUGUAGAACCGGAUACGUCAAGUCAUCAACUGGUGACUGUGUUGAUGUUGAUGAGUGUGCAACAAGUAACCUGUGCGAUCACAACUGUAAUAACACGGUCGGCAGUUACAUCUGCAGCUGUCGCGAUGGGUUCACAAUAGAGGGAAAAGGAACAUGCAUAGAUAUUGAUGAAUGUGCACUGAGUCAGGACAACUGUCAGCAAAUGUGUCGUAACACGCAGGGAGACUUCACAUGCGAGUGUUACGAAGGGUUUUCUCUGAACCGAGACACUCGCAACACAUGUACUGCGGUGACCAUGUGUUCAUCAUCCAAUAAUUCCACAUGUUCAUUUGGCUGUCGGGUUAAUGGGACGGAGGAGGUGUGUUUCUGUGACAAGGGAUAUACCUUGGCCUCGGAUGGUGCUAACUGCACAGAUAUUAACGAAUGCAACCAGAACAUCUGUAAAAUGAACUGUAAUAACACUGACGGUGGUUUCCAGUGUGGAUGUGCGGAUGGUUACAAACUAGACAUGGAUGGUGUUACAUGCAGAGUGUGUGACAGUGGUUCUUAUGGUCCCAAUUGUGAAAAUACCUGUACCUGCAACAUCACAAACACUGAAUCCUGCAAUGCCACUGACGGGACAUGCACGUGCAGACCAGGCUGGACCGGGUCCACUUGUAGUGACGACAUCAACGAGUGUUCUGGUAGCCAGCCCAUCAACUGCGGGACUAACGGACAGUGUGUCAACCAACCCGGCUACUACAGAUGUGAAUGUCAGGUUGGGUUCGUACGAACAGGAAGCCUAUGUACCGCGUGCGAUGGUAAAACUAAGUAUGGCGCUAACUGCAACGAGACUUGUAUGUGCGUGGCUGCCAACACGGACCAGUGCAACACUAAGAAUGGCACAUGUUCCUGCAAGCAAGGCUGGGAGGGUGCUCGGUGUGACGUGAACAUCAACGAAUGCCUUCGUCCGAAAGUGUGCCCCAUCGUGCAUGACCACUGUGUGGAUAACAACGGGUCAUUCAGCUGUGUCUGUGAUAGCGGAUAUUCAUUGGUCGGUCAGACGUGUGUUGAUGUCAACGAAUGUUUGGAUGCCGCCCUGAACAACUGCCAGUUUGCCUGUAACAACACUGAGGCUAGCUACACCUGUUACUGUCCGGCCGGCUACACCGGGACUGGCAAUAACUGUAUAGAUGUAGAUGAGUGUGUGUUGAACACAGAUAACUGCCAGAUGGGAUGUACAAACACGAACGGAUCCUUUGUUUGUACGUGUAACAACGGCUACACAGUCAGUACGACUGAUCCCUCACGGUGUGAUGAUGUCAACGAAUGUUUGGAUGCCGCCCUGAACAACUGCCAGUUUGCCUGUAACAACACUGAGGCUAGCUACACCUGUUACUGUCCGGCCGGCUACACCGGGACUAGCAAUAACUGUAUAGAUGUAGACGAGUGCACGUCGAACACAGAUAACUGCCAGAUGGGAUGUACAAACACGAACGGAUCCUUUGUUUGUACGUGUAACACCGGCUACACGGUCAGUACGACUAAUCCAGCACAGUGUGAUGACGUGAACGAAUGUUUGAGUUCGACUCUGAACACCUGCCAGUCGCCGAGUGAAACGUGCGUGAACACGAAAGGAAGUUUCCGCUGUGACUGUGCGGCUGGGUACACCACAAGCAACAGCGUGUGCAUAUCUGCGAAGACGUCCAAUCUGAUAACUCUGAGACUCGAUAUCACGGACAAAGAUGUGGCGGUCCGUGCGGGAAUUGCCGAUCCCAGAUACAUCGCACUGGCCCGGUUCAUUGCCGAAGGGAUAUAUCGGUUACUGCUGCCUCUUAUUGGUAAUAGCUUCCUGCCUGUCAAAAUUGAAAGCCUUGGUAUUGGAAGUGUUAUCGCACGCGUUACCCUCGAGAUCGACAAUUCGAAGACGAACCAUUCGGCUUCGAAACUGGCCAAGGGUAUCGAUCACAUGCUCAAUGUGGGCAAGAUUCCCAUAAACGGGGCGAACACCACCAUUUUGGAGGCCAAGUACGGAACAGUGCCUUUGACUGAACAGAUGAGUGCGUGUGAUGUUCUGUCGGUGCUGGAAUCGUGCCAGACCGGUGACGAAUGCCGCCUGGUGGAUGACGAACCGCAGUGCCUGCCGAUCAUACACACGACCAACCAGCUGCCUCUGAUCAUCGGGCUCGGAGUCGGUAUCCCAGCAUUCAUCCUGCUUCUCAUCAUCAUCAUCUUCCUGUGCUGCAUGUGGGGAAAACGCCGGAGGAAGUUAUCGCAGCACGACUCGUCGGAGGACAGAAAUAAUGCUUUCCGAAGUGUGUUUGCCGGGCAGCUGCCGACGAAAGGAAGCUGGGGGGCAGCCCGUUACCAGAUGUACUCCCCCGACACGUUGUCCGACGCAGCGUCGAGUCGCAGCGGGGAGAGUCACGGUCGACUGCUCCGCUCCAAAAUCGCUGGUAGAGGUCGGUCGGACUUCCAGGACACACCGUGGUAUGACAAUUCAAGUGUUCCCUGAGCCACUUUCUACCAGGGGGCAACUACCGACACCCAGAGAUGGGGAAGAAGCACCGACGUCGAACUUCUCCUGGGAAUACAUGUUCCGAGUUCUUGAGCCGCAUAGAAAUUUUGAAAUCCAAAGACCAGCAGUUACUCCAGCACCAAAUCGAGUGUAUAAAGAUGGGAAAACGAGACCUGAUUCAUUGGCGUAACAGUGUCAUUAACACCAGACGUUAUUCAAAUUAUAUACAUUAUUGUCUAAGCCUAUUUUCAUGCCAUCCAGUGGUGUAUGGAAAUAACAUUUUUAUGGACUUUUAAGCUAUAUACACUGCUUGUUUGGAGGGGUUUUGUUUACAUAGUUAACCAUCCAGGCUUUCCCUUGGUCUCAGGAAAAGCUGGAAGUCUGUUGUGAAAAGUCCUGGGACAGAAAAGUAUGGAUUUCUGAAGAAAACAAAAACAACCCAUCAAAAUGCAUGAAAUGAAAUUCUUAAAAAGAAAUCCAGGAAAAUGUUGUUAGAUUUAAAUGUCUUAUGACCGAUUGCUUUUUAAGUUUACUAAGAUGACGAUUAACUGUCAUUCUGUCUUACAUUAUUAUAUUAAAUUGAAUAUUCUGUACAAUGUUUAUUUGAAAAAAAAGAUACUAUCUGGUUAAUAUCCAAAUUGUAAUUUUUUUGUGCUGAAAGUUUCAUGUAAUUUUUAAUAAUUAACAAGAAAACAGAGCAAUAAGCCAAAUGUUGAGGAAUUAUAUUGUGAUAUGAAAAUAGCAGCCAUUUUAACAAAUGUGUCAGCUCGGUUCAGGAGAUAUAAAAACUGUUGAACAGCAGACCUUGUUUUUGUAUACAAAUCUGUAAAAAGAUCUCCAAUUUACUUUUACAAUAUCUAUCACGAGCCAUUUCAGAUUUGUAAAUUUAGAAUACCGGGUAAUAAAAUAUACACAACAAUUUAUUUUACAUGUUUUAUUAAUUGGAAGUUUAAAAUCGUCGAAGAUUGCAGUUCUAUGUGUUUUCAAAUGUUUCAUAUACAGAUCGGUAAAGGAUCCCCAAUUUACUUUACAAUAUUUUUCUUGAGCCAUUUUUAACUUUAAAUUUAGAAUAAUAAAACAUACAUGACAAUUUGUUGUACGUGUUUUAUUAUUGUAAGUUUAAAAUCAUCAAAGAUUGGUAUUCUGUAUGUGUUUUUAAGUUGUUUUAAAUUUAAAGAUUUUAAAAUCAUCAAAGAUUGAUAUUCUGUGUGUUUUCAAAUUGUUUUAAAUUUAAAGAUUUUUUAUCAUUUAAUCUUCAAUGAAAGAAGAAAAAAGGUAGAUUCGAAUGACUUGUAAGAAUGUUCUAAACCUUACAGAAAUAGCAUAAUUUGUUGUAUAUAGAGCAUUGGCACAAUCAUGCAUACGUUUGCAUACUACCAUUACGGGAAAAGUUGUAAUAUGUUCAUCAUAGUGCAAAUACAACUUUUCACCUCAUUAUUUGUAAAUAUUGGUUUUACUACAUAUGAAUAUUUAUUUGUUCACCCUGAUGUAUAUAAUAAAUUUGAAUAUAUAGCUAUGGAUGAAAAAACUAUUUUUGUAUCAAUAUUAUUUUUACGACAAAGGGUAUAUUGAUUUGUUUAUUAAACAUGUUUUACAACUUGUAGUGGAUUAUUGGUUAAUGUGUGUGUAUAUGUUUUAUAAAAGUUCCUUGUAAAGAGAUUGUCCUUCAUUUACCACCAUUGUAAGACGAAGCAGACUAACAGAUGUUUCAAUCACACAAGAUACGUAGUAAAUACAUUUUCUGGUUCAAAAUAUCGGUGUGUGUGUGUAUACAAUGUGUUUCUGUUUGUCCUAAUAUUUGUAACAGAUCAAAUGUUCUUCCUAAUAUAAUUAUUUUUAAAUAGGUUCAAAAUUAUUUGGAAUGAAUGAAUGAAUGAAUGAAUGAAUGUUUAAUGAUACCCCAGCACAAAACUACAUAACGGCUAUUGGGUACUAAAAAAAGAUAAGUUUAUGAAUAGGAGUAAAUUAAACUUUUAUAAUUAUGUAAAAAAAAAAUCUGUAUAAAUAUGUGGGAAAAAGUAAAAUACAAUACGAAUAUCAAAGUAUAAAUAUUUUAAAACUGGGUAAAAGAAAAUUACAAUACGAUUAUCAAAAUAUAUAUAUUUAAACCUUUGGGUUAAAACACUACAAUGCAGUUAUCAAAGUAGGUGUAUUAUUGUCGGAUAAAAUCCAAUUUGAACCAUUUCAAACAUUAAGAUGGAGAGAAAAACAUUGAAUAUUAAAACAUUGAUAUUCUAAACUAGAAAAUGUAUUAAUAUGUUGAGACAUCGAAAAGGCUCUGUUAGUCGACAACACGUUACAAUUACAGUGAACUGGGGGACAACCUCUUUUCAGGGAGGUAAGUUUGUUUUAAGACAAAUGUCUACUCUUUACCUGUGAAAUAGUCGGGAGUCAUAAGCAGUUACAUAAACAUGGACUGUGGGAUAUAGUGCAACAUAUAAUAAGCAAUUACAUAAACAUGGUCUGGGAUAUAGUGCAAGUUAUGUUAAUCUGCCUUACUCACUGUCAAAACUGUCUAUAAAGACCACCUGAAAAGAUAUCCGACAUGUAAGAGUAGGGUUUUUUUUUAACCGAGAGGUAAAUAACACAUGCUUUCAUGUACAUUUGAGGACUAUCAACUGGUGGCGGUGGGGUGGGUAUGUGCUGUAUAUAUAAGUCAGUUUUCGUUCCUCAACUUUUACACUUCUUCACAACUUCCUUAGCUGUGACAUUGAUAUUCGAAAUCAUCUUUCAGUUUGGUGAAUAUUUUGACCAGGGAGCCUUAUUUUGUUGUCGUUUGUUUGGGUAUAAAAAACUGAUAUGGUUACACAUGUCUAUAAAACCAAAUUUGGCCAAAUUGCAAAAAUAGUGGUGUUACACAAGGUACCACUUUUACCACACAAACAUUUAAAGAAACUAUUAACCAAGUUUUAUUUGGUGCAGAUGUAUAAAGUAGACAGAAGACCAUAUCGAUUUAUUUUAACAAUAUCAAUACCAUACCUUAAACAAAUGCCUGUGCCACCCCCUCCCCCCCCAAACCCCCCCCCCCCAAAAAAAAAAAAAACGAAAAGAAAAAAGUUCAUAUCACAAAAUUAAAAAGAACAUGUCUAUCUCAUUAUAAUUACAAUUAAAAGUAUAUCAUGUAAAUCAUAAGUGGGUCCAUUUAAAAACAUGUUACUUUUUGGUGGGUGGGUGGGGGUGGAGAUGCAAUAAUGUAAAAAGGUGUAAGACUUUUAAAUAAACUUUCCUCUCUUUCACAUUGAAGAAUUCUUUGAAGUCCCAACAGGUGAUCUCUAUACACAGGUGAUCUCUAUACACAGGUGAUCUCUAUAGACAUCAUGCACUCUAAUAAUUAUAUAUUUCAGAUUUUAUUAUUUGUAUAUUUUCGUAGCAUUGUAUAGUAUACACCUGGAAAUUAACUUAGCACAUCCUAGUUUUUAACGUAUGGCUUAUACUUUGCAAUUAAUUGUGAACUUUUCGUGUGUACAAAACACUGAAAUUAUAGUUUUGUGUGUACAGAGGAUAUUGAAAAAAGAUUAAAAGCAAGUGACAUUGUCGUUACAUCAAUAUUUAAUGUAUUCUAGAGAAAAAGACAGAAAUAUAUAUAUAUAAUAUAUAUAUAUAUAUAUAUAUAUAUAUAUAUAAGCAUGACACUGUUUGAUAAUUAAGUAUGGAGCUGGAAUCAUACUGAUGUGCUUCUCAUAACUAAUUUAUUCACGCCAUCUCGAUUAAUACACAGUAGAUACAGGAUACGUAAAAAGUCAAUAUCAGUUUAAAUUCCGUUGGCAUGGAUAUCUACUCCUAGGCGCCGUUUUGUCUGCAAUACAAUUCAAAUAAUGCUUAAUUAAUUCCCAGGUGUAUAAAUAUAUUUUGGUUAGUGCAAAUAUAAGAAAUUAAAACACUGCAAACAUUUUUUUGGUGUGAAAUGUUCAUGCAUGGACAUCUUCACAAAUUGAGGGUGACGGUUAUGUAACACCAUUGUUUUUUUAAAGAAUUGUUUUUAAAAACAUUGUUGACAGUCAUGUUAAAAAGAAUUUAAUUUUAAUAGGGUUUCAAGAAAAUAUACCGUGUUUGUAAUCAGUGAAAGUAAAAUGUAAAUGGUGGAUUAAUGUAGUUGCAUUAAUACAUAAUUUGUAAAAAUGGGUAAAGAUAUUUUGAAGCAUAAAGUGUUAUAUCAUUAACUUUUUUCAACAUUCUUCUAUGACCAAGUUAUUUCAAAUUUUGGGACACAAAACAGUAGCGGAUCCAGUGAAAACCGACCAUAACCUUUAAGGGGAAACGUGAUUAUAUUAACUGUUGUAUGUAAAAGGAGAGAAGUCAUCACAUUUGGAUCCCCCCCACUUUCAGAAAUCUUGCAUCAGCGCCUGCAAAAUAACAUUAGCUCUUGUCAUACUAUCGUUGACUUCUAAGAUAGAAUUGAUAGUGAGAUAGGAUUAGGGAAAAGACUUUAUUUCUAGUCAGUCGAAUAAAUGCAUCAGUGGUUUUACACUGGACAUACACGUGUUCAUCACGCCUUAAAUGGCCAGUAGAGCACUGGCCGUGAUACCCCCCCCCCCCCCCCCCCCCCCCUCCCAUUCAUAAAAACAACAACCUGUUUUUAAUGUUUUAACGUCCAUCUGUGAAAAUCUCUCCCAUGAAGAGCUUUAAAAGGCAAAAUAGUAUCUACUUGGGGACAUUCUUAUAAAACAUUAAAGUCAAUUUGUUUUAGCCAAGUCAUCAAACGUUAACUGCAUUAAACGUAUUUAUGUGAGGGAUACUUUACCAAGCCUCGAAUCUGGGUACAUAAGGAGUUAUAAACAUGAAGCCAAAUAUCGUGUACACCGUUUGUUACAGAGUCAUUGACUUCUAGUAUAUCGUAUAAUUUAGUCACAGUGACCUACUUGUUAACACACUUUCACAAAACUGAAUAUUGUCUAAAACAAAUGGAUUGUAUGCCACAAUCGUGUCUCCCUCGUUUUAUUCACAAACACAUUUUAGAAUUAUGUCAAAAGUGUUGGUAAAUGUCUCUAUAUAUGCAUAUAACAACUGUUGCCACUUAUAAUGAAUUCAUAGGCCAAAAUAUAAAAAAGUGUGUUUUUGGUAACAUGAAUUUAUUUUAGAAUCAGCGGACAAAAUGUGAAUCAUUCAGGUUACCAAAAAGACUAUUUUGUUUCUAGAUGUUAUUUUAGUUUAUCCCCCACCCUCCUACUUUCAAAUUCUCUCCGACAUGCCUGCCAUCAGUGACCAUUAUGCAAUUUUAUACCAAUAUUUUAUAUAGUUGUGGAAACUAACUGAAGAGUCGUUUUACAAAACUUGUUCAUAUAAAACUGGAAUAACCUCAAACAUAUGAUUAUUUGAUAGACUGUACGCGGUCAAUUGUACAGUAUAUAUUCCGAAAUGGAUUAAAUACCCAUAUAUGUUCGAUAUAAAUUGUGGUAUAUAAAAGAAUACACAGAUAUAAUUGAAACAAACAAACAACAACAAAAAAACAAACAACUAACAUUAAUUCAAUAAUGUUUCUCAGUUUCACAUCUUGUUUUGUGAAAGCACUCUUCAAAUCUCCACAUAUUGUUGGGUUCAAAGGUGACUGGUGUAAUAAUGUGGUUAUGUAACCUUUGUGGGAUAUAAACAUAUUCUCUGGGUACAAACGAUUUUUGUUUUGAUUCUUAGUUGGCCAGUCUCAAAGCCUCGGCCUCAGAUAUAACUUUAAUAUUUAAUAAGUUUUUGUUUUUCUUUCUUUUUUGCAUGAAGCGUGAUUCAUCUCUGACCUAGUUACUGAUGCUUAAUGGUAAAAGAGCUGUGCUCGUUGAUGACGGAAAGACACGAGCAUUAAAGUUGUGAUUUCGUUCUACAUCGUAAAAUACUCGUUAAACGAUUAGGGAGAUGAAAUCGUGGCUUUAAGACCGUUUGUGUUUUACAUUUGUAAAAUAACCGUUAAACGAUUGGGGAGAUGAAAUCGUGGCUUUAAGACUGUUUGUCUUUUACAUUUGUAAAAUAUGUUAAAUGAAGGGAAUUUUAUCAUAAAUUUGUGUUUUAAACACAUUUUAGAGUCAAAAUAUUACAGGUGCGUACAGGUCGGAGGGAAAUUAUUUAAAGUACGGAAGGAGAGCAUACGUUGGGGGAUGGGUUGUUGCCAAAUUUUAAAAGAGUCAUUUGCCAAAGUUUUCUUCAGUUUUUUGUUCUUUUUCAGUUUUUUUCCCCCGUUUAGUUUUUGGGUGAUGAUUGUACACGUGUGUACCGUAAUAAAAUGUUCUGUAUUCUGAACCAGAUAGGGAUAGUCUGCAAUAUUUGUGAACUACAUAAACAUACACAGGGUGUUUGUGUAUAUUGUGAUAUAUAAAUAUAUUAUACAUAUAUACUUGUAUAAAUUAGUAAUAAUAAACAAAUCUUAUUUAUUUUAAA